AUGAGGUUACCAGCCGUGCUUGCGUGUCUAGCACUCGUCCUCUCCACCGUCACUGUCGGAGCGCAACGCGUCGUCGGAUACUAUGGCAAGACUGCUGGACAGUGUCCGGACUACCCAUCGUUCGCGCCCGCCAAGCUGCCAUAUGAGCUGUACACACAUCUCAAUUUCGCGUUUGUCAUGAUCAAUGAUGACGGUGUAGUCGAGAUGCAGCACCCUGAGGACGAAGCCCUCUACAAGGAGCUCAAUGCCCUCAAGCUCAAGAAGCCCUCUCUCAAGACUACUCUUACUGUUGGCGGAUGGGAUAUGGAUAUGGCACACUACUCGACAAUGGUCUCCACUCCUGCCAACCGCCAAAAGUUCAUCCAGUCCGCCAUGACCUACGUCCGCAAAUACGGCUUCGACGGCAUGGACUUUGACUGGGACCCGUCGGACAAGCUGCGUGGAGGACACAGCAACGACCCCGAGAACUUUGUCGCGUUCCUGAAGGAGAUGCGCGAGGCAGCCAACAAGGAGAAGCUCAAGGAGGGCCAGGAACGCAUGAUAUUGAGCAUCGCCCUUCCCGGUGGACCCUUCCACGGCCAGUACUUUAACAUCCCUAAGCUCGCCCAGCAUGUUGACUGGUUCAACAUCAUGGCCUACAACCUCCACGGCCAAUGGGAGGACAUGGUCUACUGCGCAGCGCCCUUGUACGACACAGCAGCACACACAAAGUACAACGGCUACUCUGUCGACAACGCAACAAAGGCCAUGGUCCCAAAAUCCGUCUCCCCUAUGAAGUUUAACCUCGGUCUUUCUCUUUCGGGAGUCACCUUCACCCUCAAGGACAAGAAGAAGACCUCCCCCGGUUCCCCCGCCCAGGGUCCCGGAAGGGAAGGUUGUCAGGAGAAGGGGGCUAUGGCUUAUUUCGAGGCCCGUAAAUUGGCAGACAGCUUGCAGAUUGCCGAUGUCAAGUCCCGCGCGCCCGACCAUUUCCAUCGUACGGUCACCCAGGAGCCUAAAAUGGAUCCUGUCGGCAAGUGUAUGUACAUGGUUGUAAAUGAGGACCAGUGGGUGGGUUAUGAUAACCCGGAGACGUUCGCCAUGAAGAUGGAGUAUCUCAGCGAGGUCGGCUUUGGAGGUGUCAGUAUCUGGUCGAUGGAUUCUGACUCUGCCAACCAUGAGUUGACCAAGUCGAUUCAUUCGUCGUUAUCUGAAAACUUUAUUCAGGGGGCUGGGCUCUCCAAGGCCGGAAGUGGGUUGGCGACUUUGGAUGAGGGAGAGCAGGAGACGACUAAUGGCGCUGCUAGCGCAAAGACUAUUGCUGGUUGUGCCGUCAAGGUUAUGGCUGCCGUUGCCCUCAGCAUCAUGCUCCUCGCAUAG